GGCGUCGACUUGGCAGACGGGCUCAACGCAGAGCUCAACAAGAAGCAUCUGCCUGUGCGCAUCGUCUGCGUGACCAACUCGAGCAUCAGCACCAUGGUGCUGUCGCAGUUCCGCUUCCAGCACACCAGCGUUGCCCUGGUGCUCAACCACGGUAUCAACGCAGCGUACUACGAGUCGGCAAACAAGAUCCCCAAGAUCACUGACCGCGCCCUGACGCAGAUCCCGUCGUGCAUCGCCAUCAACACGGAGCUGGCAGCCUACGGCAAAAACUCGCAGGUCCUAAAGCCUACCAUGUGGGAUAACCGCAUCAACCGCGAGUCGGACAACCCGCAGGAGCACAUAUUCGAGAAGAUGGUCGCUGACAAGUACCUGGGCGAGAUUCCCUUCUCGUUCUUUACCUCGUACAUGACGAUCAUGGAAGAUAGCUCAGAGUCGCUCGACGAGGUCGGCACACUGCUGUCGGCCAGCUUCAACGUGCAGGCAUCCAAGGUCGACCGCUGUAUCGUCAGCGCGCUCUGUUCCAUUGUCAGUCGGCGUGCGGCCCGGCUCAUGGGCGCAGCUACAGCUGCAUUGGUCAAG